UAGAAGUAUGCGAAGUCCAGUGUUUAAGGGACAAACAAUGUCAGUCAAUCAAUUUUCACCAGUCGAAGAAAAAAUGUGAGCUGAACGACGAAUCCGACCGUACAGUUGAUCGAAGAAACUUCAAAACACAUACAGGAGUAGUCCAUGUCGAUAUCACGGAGAUGGAAGGAAUAGAGAUUUUCUUAGGCAUAUGUUUGGGCCACAUCUGUCCUACCGGGACUAUAUGUGCGUCCUCACCAAAUGGAUCGAAGGCAAGAUAUACCUGCCUGCAAGCGGAUAACUGCAACAUCACGAAGUUCUGCCCUGCUCCGUAUUACGUUUGCAAGAGCCCACUGGGACGUUUGUUCAAGAAUGGUCACGUGGCUUCUCAUAUUGUUUCAUCUAGGAUCUCCACGUGGUACGGUUAUAAAGUCAAAACAUACAGCCCGAUGUUAUACGCCUUAUCAGGAGACUCCUUCACACGACAUGGCGGCUGGGUGCCGUCAGCAUCAAGCAUAGACGAAUUUAUCAUGUUGAAUAUGACAACCGUUUGCAAAUUGACUGGAAUAUCUACACAAGGCACACAUUAUUACAAGUAUUGGGUACGUUCUUAUACAUUGAGUUACAGCCAAGACUGCGUCACCUGGAACACCUAUCUUAACCAUGAUGGACUUCCUAAGUACUUCAGUGGCAACAACAACAGAGACACGGUUAUCAGCCAUGAGUUCGACCAUGCUAUCCUCGCUAAGUGUGUGCGCCUGGAACCAAAAUCCUGGAACGACCGGAUUGGAGUCCGGCUAGACUUUACCGGAUGUCCAGUAGAAUAGUGAACUCGAUUUCGGUCUUUUUGUAAUCGAUGACGAACGGCAUGUUGAUUCACAUUAAAGAUGUGGGAUAAAACAGCCGCAUAUCCGAGGACUUGUAUAUUAUUUGUCACGAUUUGUUCCCUAAUAAUUAUUAUAAUUUAGAUUUUAGUCUGCUUUUCUUGGUUAAAUGUAAUUAUAUCGCAAAAUAUAAACAUAUUUUAAAAUUCUUAUUAUUAUACGUG